UGUGCACGAGCUCCCGUUCUCAUCGAUGAAAUCGACUCCGGACUUCGCGAUCGAGGCGACGACACUUGGGCACGACGUCCAGACGGGCUCUGUGCAAUGUGCAGGUGUUUCUUACUGCAGUACGUACUCCAAUGUCGGUGGGGUGCGUGCGUCGGAGAUGCUCUAACAGCUGCGAUUUCUUAGAGCUCGAGGAAUUGUUCGAUUGAAGGUGGUUGAACUCCGUCCUCGGCCACGAAGGAGCGUGCAAGUCAUGCUUACGGCGCAGAGAGUAAUGUCGUCCGAGGGACCAGAUGGCUGAUCUUCUCUGGGGCAGUAGUCGCGAAUCAAAUCUUUUGGAAAGCUGGUGAAGGACGGUGAACUGGAUUUUUCGCAUGAUGCAGGUUUGAAGGGACAAGUGACCGGAGUGUUUUGGGGCAUUUAGAAUAGAUGCAGAAAGGAUGUACCAUAAGGGCUUGCAAGUUUUUCGUCUGAAUGAAAGACGAUGGCGAGUGCUGGGGAUGCUUACCGCCCUUCUUAUGAGCAUUAGUCCUGUUAUUUUGGUUUGAGGUACCUGGGCUUGUCGGAUUGUAACAUCAGGUGUUGUCCGGAGGAAGGUUACGAUGUUCACACCAGCUCGCGGAAAGUUGGGGAAAGCGAAGGGAGUAGGAUUGCACAGUCCAUCUUCGCCUGCUCCAGCUGUAAUUCCCCAGCUGAGUCCUCAUCAGCCAACUCCUGGUUCCGUACGCGGCACUCUUUCUCCACUGUUCCCAUGGUCGUCCGCAUCGUCCGUACCUCCCAGAACUCCUCCUCCCCCUGAAAUAGGAGAGAAAGCACUUGUUGAUGGCGGAGAGCCAGUUCUUGUGUGCCAUUUUCCUCAACAGCUUCGCAAUUCUUUGAUCGAACGUCCUCAUCAGCGUGCAGAUGCUGGGGUGUACGGAGGCAUGGACGGCAGAAGUGGUCUCUCAUGGGUACUUCAUGGAAGUAAUUUGUUUGUAUGGAGCCACCUCAACAGUCGUGCUGCGCAAGGAUGUGCAGUCUUGACAAUUCCACCUCAGUUUUCUGAACGAGAUGGGCGGGCGGGUGAUUCUAAAUUUUCUGAGAACUGGCUGGUGUCAAUUGUUGGCUGGCGUACAGAGGAUCAAAACGAUGUCAGUUUUGUCAAGGCCUGCAAGUCCGCUGGUGUUGUUAUGUGUCACAGGAAGACACUUGCAGUUGUGUAUUGGCCGGAUGUUUUUAAAGACGGUGAUACGUCGGUAGUUAGCCUCGGAACUGGUGACAAAAUCGAAGGAUCGUCGACUCCUGCACUUGAAGAGAGCAGACUCAGUGGCCGCAAGUCUUUUUCAAGCUGGACUAGCAGCACAGGUGGUCCUGGUGGUGAGGUGGUUAAUUCGUUGAUAGCAUCAGCUGUUCCCGGAGAAACACCUCAAGCGUGCGUUGCGAUCGCUGCUCGAACUAAUGGCGAGCUGUGGCGCUACGACUGCUGUCCUCUGGGGAUCACUCGUCAGCAGAUUACACGGGACGUUGUGGCACGACAGGAUGUUGGACUGAUUGCAUUCAACAGCUCUAGUGCCCGUUCCAUGGUUUGGCGGUUACCUGAGGAUAGUCCUCAGCUAGGAGUGCGACAACUUCUGCUUUUAACUGCCGCGGAGCUGGAGUGCUGGAAUGUUGAACUUGCAUCGGGAGGGAAAGUAUCGGAAGCUUGGAGGUUUAACAUUCUCGGGAACCCCGAUACUCAGAAAGAUUUGUCUGGUCAGAAACAGGUUUGGUUACUGGACUUAGAGGUCGAUGACAGUGGCAACUUCUUCACAGUGCUGGUGGCCUCCUUCUCAAAAGAUCGUGGUAACAGUUCAAGUUUUAUGCAGUAUUCUCUGCUCACGUUUUUCGACAAUGCUCCACCCGACGGUGACUUGGUCAGGAAAGCGCCCAUGCAAGUUAUACUUCCCAAAGCAAGGGUGGAAGAAGAAGAUGUGCUGUACUCCAUGCGCCUUCGUGUAGGUGGAAAUCCCAUGGGAUCUGCCGUUAUUCUGGCGGGUGACGGAACAUGUACAAUUGCUCAUCACAGCAAUGGCAGUCUUAAGCUUUACCAGUUCGACCUCGCCUGGGGCGCAGGAAAGGUUCUAGAUGCGUCUGUAGUUCCUGCAUUAGAAGGGGAUGAGGGUGCUUGGCUCGUGCUCACAGAAAAGUCCGGUGUAUGGGCAAUUUCAGAGAAGGCUGUCAUAUUAGGUGGCGUUGAGCCUCCUGAGAGGAGUCUUUCUAGGAGAGGGAGUUCUAUCGAGGAUUCAUCAAAGGAGGAAAGGCAACGUGGUUCCAGUAUUGCUCCUCGUCGUGUUGUCUCAGAGUCUGGCGCUCUUAAUAACCGGCUCCCGAAAGCUGUCAAUCAGAGACCAUUGCAUGAUGAGGAAGCAGAAGCAAUAGUUGGACGCAUGUUUCAGCAGUACUUAACCACUGGCAGAGUCGACUCUGCUCUUGAAAAACUCGAGCGAGCGGGUGCUUUUGAAAGAGAAGUGGAGAUGAAUAUUUUUGCCCGAACAAGUAGAGUCAUCGUUGACACGCUGGCAAAGCACUGGGUAGCUGGUGGAUCAGGAAGUGCAGCAAUUAUGGCUGCUGUUUCUUCUCAACUUAUUGAAAAACAACGUCGACAUCAGCAGUACCUGACUUUUCUUUCUGUUUCUAACUGCCACGAGGAGCUUCAGCUGAAGCAAAGUGAUUAAGCUUCGCAAACCCACGAGAAUGGAUGCUUAAUAUGGAUUAAAACUAUAAAAUGAGGCGAAAAUCAAGUGCCUGAGGCUGAUUCAUGAUCUAACAGGAGGUGCACUACAUGCCAUCAUGGAGCAUGGUGAGAAGCUUGCUGCCAUGGUGCAACUUCGCGAACUGCAUAAUUCCAGGGCACAGUCUAGAAUGCAAGUCUCCGGAAGUUUUGAUGAGCCUGACUCGGUGGAAAACAUCGAAACCAGUGGAGCGCUGUGGGAGACUGUCCAGCUCGUAGGGGAGAAGGCCCGGCGGAAUAAUGUCAUGCUUAUGGACCGAGAAAAGUCCGAAGUUUUUUACACCCGGGUGUCUGACCUGGAGGAGUUCUUUGCUUGCAUCCAGCAACACGCGAGUUCCAUCAUAGGUCAAGAGCAGCCAAUUAGGAUGCAAGUUGAAAGGAUUUGUGAAAUCGCGGAGGCCACUACUGGUGUAAUAAGGUCUGCCAUUCGUUACAGGGAUGCUCAAUUUUCCUGGUAUCCUUCACCUGAAGGUUUGACACCCUGGUACUGUAGGCCUACAGUAAGAUCUGGAGUUUGGAAGGUCGCAAGUCUUUGUCUGGAGGUGAAAGCAGAAGCAAGCGUAUCAGUACCUUCACUCGUACCGAAGCUAGUAUCUUGGCUGGAGAUAGUUGCGGAUGUUCUUCUGGAAGGAUACGCAGGUGCAAUCACAGCGAAAGUGGAAAGAGAAGAAGAAUACAGAGGCUUGCAAAUGGAGUACUGGGGUCGGCGCGAUACUCUUCUUUUAGCUCUCCAGCAACACGCCAAGGAAGUAGCCGAUGAUUCCGUACAGUACAUCCUCGACGAGGGAAAGGCAACGCAACAACGUCGUGCCGUGCUGCAAAAGAUGUACCCAUCUCUCAUCGCAAUCGCCCGGCGUCAUGCUGGUUACCAAACCCUCUACAACAUAUGCACUGAUCUUGAUGAUAUGAAUCAGCUGCGCAGUUUAAUGCGAGAGAGCAUGGGACUUCGAGAAGGACGAUUCAGUCAUUACGUGUUUGACCAUUUCUGCACUACAAAGCAAUACUCGAAAUUGCUACGGCUGGGCGAGGAGUUUCAAGAAGAGCUAGAAGACUUUCUGCAGCAACAUAUUCAUCUGCGAUGGCUGCACGAAAUACUCAUGCAGCAGUAUAAUUCCGCUUGCAGCACACUACAUUCCCUAGCGUUAAGCUCAAAUCCACUGAUAGAUGAAGAGACAACGUACGUGAGAAAGAAGGAUGUAGGCCCUAUGGCGAAGGACAAGCUCAGAGAGCGACGACGACUACUGUAUCUUGCAAAGUUGUCAGCUCUUGCCGGUGGUGAAAUGGUCGGCGGAGACAAGCUCGCGAUGAUCGAUGCGAGUAUAGUCAUCCUGGAGGUCCAGGAAGAGGCGCACCAGAAAGGCGUGGUCUCAGACGAGGUUCUUUUACCUGUACAGCUAGUUGGGACAUGUUUGAAGAGUGGUCACAGGGACCUCGUCAUGCGAGCGUUUGAUGUGCUUGCGUUCGCGGGAGACGACUUCAGGAAGAACAAUAAGCUUCUACUAGAGGAUGCAUGGUUGCAUGCGGCCGAGCAAGACAACUGGGCUAGUAUGAAGGAUGCAGCAGAGGAGAGGGGCUGGAGCGACGAACAAUACUGGCUUACGUUACAGGGAACUGUUUUGUGCCAAAUGGCGAAGAGGUGCUAUGGAGACGGUGCAGCUUUUUAUGGUGCCCCGUUCCAAGAAAUCUUACCUCUGUUCGAAAGCGAUCGAACCGAGGAGGAGAGGCCACGGAUCUCCAAAGCGGAUUCCGCAGUUAAAACUGUCGAGUCGAUUCUCAGUCAGCACGGUGGGUUUUCAGACGGCAGGGAGGCGAUGCUGACUGCGCUCAAAAUGGGAGUCAGUUCUGACAACGACUUGGAUGACAAGGAGCUGGAGUCCAUGAUCGAUUCUUAACUUGCAAGCUCCGGACGAGUUUUCUGUCAGGGCUGUAGACCUCCAUUCACUCCUGAAGAAGUCGAUAUCAGCGACCGCAUCUUUAAUUCAAGCCUUGGACAAUCUCUGAAGCCUCAUCGCACACCCAGGCUUUUCCAACAAAGCCCCAUGAUUGUGGCAGCUCCUCCCUCAGGUGUGCCUGUCAAGUGUGCUCACACGGCCUAUGCUGCUGUAUCCUCCCUGGCUUUCGAGCCUGGCAUUGAGACAUCACCGAUGAAACUCUUGUAAAUGCCUGUAGGUACAAGCACUAAAACCUGUCUCGUUUGUCGAAGGACAGGAACGAUUGUUAAGAAGAGUGGCCAGAUUCAGCUCAGCUCAAAGAUGUAGUAGGACCGUGCACCAGCGCCAUUUUUGUAACACUAGACACCUGGAGGCUGCGCUCCCUCUUCUCAGGGAGAUUGGAACAGUGGCAGCGCAUGAGCCCCGGGCGAAUUUGGGGCCAAGCCUCAAGGCAAGAUUGUGAUAUACUUGGACCUUUUCACUUCUGUAAAGAACAAGUCGGGACGGAUCCGACGCGAGC